AUGGUUCAUUCAUCACACCAGACUCUUGACUCGGAUGAUGACUUUAUGUACUACAACAACCGCCCCCUCUACGCCACCGAGGCAUUUCAAGAAACAAAUCGGGGCAGGGAGGACGACGAUGACCAGAACGACUGGGCCCGCUACUAUUUCGCGGACUCGGAUUCGGACUUGGACACUAACUUGACGUACUGUAAUAACAACCACCCCAUCUCCGUCCGAGAGGAGGUCGAAGAAGCGGAGAGGCGCAGGGACGACGAUGACUACUUCCCAGGCAUCAUAGCCAUUCGACCUGGUGAAUACAGCUCAGGCACAGGACAGGUUUUUCCCGAAAAGUUCACCCCGCCCAAUUCCUCCAUCAGACCACAGGAUCUCUUCCCGCCGAGUCUACGAAAGAAUACGACCCCGCCCGUCCGCCGGUUCAUCUCGCGGUUGAACUCGAACGAGAUGCUCAUCUAUACGGACGGCGCCUGCCUGGGCAACGGCCAGGCGAAUCCCAGGGCAGGCUGCGGCGUGGUCUUCAGAGAGGAGCGGCCGGGACGAAUGGGCCAUUUUGCGUUCGCGCUUGAGCUGCAGGGUCCGACGGGGCACCCCCGUCCGCAGACGAGCAACCGGGCCGAGUUGCGGGCUGUGAUCGCCGCGCUGCAGUUUCGCAUUUGGCCCGGCGAGGGUUGGACGAAGAUUGUGAUCGCUACGGAUUCGGAAUAUGUGGUUGAGGGGGCUACGUCGUGGAUUAAGGGCUGGGUGCGGAAUGGGUGGCGGACGAGUAGGGGGAGGCCGGUCAAGAAUAAGGAUCUGUGGAAGUGCUUGUUGGGAUGGUGUGAGGCUGCGGCUAAGGAGAAGACGAAGCUUGAGUUCUGGCGGAUCCCGCGCGAGUGGAAUGCCGAAGCAGAUGGAUGGGCUAAACUUGCAGCUGAUGAGGAUGUGAGGCCGACGACCUUUAUAAAGCCGGCGGGUUAUCUGAUUUAG